AUGGAGUACAUCGAACCGGGCACUUCGAUUACCAUCCACGGAUUAAACGCCCGACCAGAUUUAAACGGAUUGGAUGGAAUCGUUCUGAAUUAUAUUCCUAGUCGAGAGCGAUACCACGUCAAAGUUCUUUCCGGUGUCGUUGUCCUGGAUGGAGAAGAAGAGAGGAAGAAAGAGGAGGAGAUUUUUCUCCGACCGGGGAACUGUUCUAAGAAGAAGAAAGAGACGACGACGACGUCGGAAGAAGAAGAAGAGAGAAGGAAAAGGAAAGCAGAAAACGACGGCGCAUCAGGGAGAGCAGUAGACAUAGGAGAACCAAGCAGCAAAGUAGCGAAAGUAGCGGAGGACAGAGAAGAAAAAGAAGAAGAAGAAGAGAAGGCGGCGAUUGCGAGAGAGAAUGCGACGACGACGACGGGAGUGACAAGAGAAGGUAAAAAAGGAGUCGUGGAAAAAAUCGAAGAGUUGAAGGACGACGAGACGCUUUUGAAGGAGUUUUUCAAAGACGUGUCGCAAACAGAUCGCGCGAGUGAGGUGGAGAGAAUCUUAUCGUGUUUCAAGUUGAAUCCUUACGAGUAUUUAAACGUUCGAUUCGACGCGACUAUACAAGAAGUCGCGAAGGCGUUUCGUAAGGUGUCUUUGUUAGUGCACCCGGAUAAAUGCAACCAUCCGAAAGCAUCGAUCGCGUUUGAUGCCAUCGGGCAGGCGCAAAAGCUACUCACGACGAUUGAUUUCAAGAAAGAAAUAGAUUUUAAUCUCGACCAAGCGAAGAAGAAAGUCGUGGGAGAGUAUAAGAAAGAGAUGAAAGGAGACACGCUGUUGAGAGUUCGAUUCAACGGAGACAAAGGGAAAAUAUUGGAACACUUUCUCGCCUCGGACGAGUUUCACGAGCGAUGGAAACUUGAAGGACGGAAGUACAUAGUAGAUUUAGAGUGGAGAAGACGAAAGAUGACGUUGAGAUUAAAGGACGAAGAGAAGAGAGUGGUGAGCGAGGAAAAAAUUGAAAAUCAAGCGCGCAAAAAGACAGUCAACGCGGAGAAAGGAUGGAACGAAGAAGAGGCGAGAGAGACUCGAGUGGGUGGCUGGAGAGAUUUCACGAACGGAAAGAACAAGAAAAAGACAAAAAAAGAGAAGAAAGGGUUGUCUGUGCCAAAAGUUAGAGCGGAAACGGUCGAGAGAAAAGACAUGCCUAAAUUUGCUCUCGGCCGAGACCGCGUUUUACGUCCGGAUGAGAUUAAUUAG